AUGAAGUUCUCCACAAGACUACUAUCGAGCCGAAUACGUCACGUACACGAAGCCAUUCUGAAUAAAGAUCGAUUCAUGCUGAAUCUUGGUCUACAUCGACUAGGUGCCCAAAAACUGGACGGAAAGGCAGGCAAAUACUUUGGUCGAUCUGCCUUCGAAGGAGUUCGCAAGAGGCUUCUUCCAGUUUCUAUUCAGAGUUUCCCCUGGGAACUAAACAAGAAGUAUCUAAGACUAUGGGACAGAUUAGCGGAGGAGACAAGCUACGAAGCUAAACUACGAGAGAGAGCACUAGUUCUUCAGAAAUUCGUUGGUGCAGAAUUUCCCCUUCUGCUUGCCGAAUCUACUUCCGUUCUUACCGGCCGCUCCGAUGUAGAUGUAUGGAUUUCCUCGAUGGCAGAUGGCAACAGGGUCGAAGACAUCUUCAUAUCCCAGGCUCGACUCCGCCAAAUUGGAAGUCAAUACUUUGAGCUCAAUUGUUCAAUCUCAGCGGUAUUUGCUGACGAAUACUUCCUCGCUUUAUCUGCUGGUGAGAUUGAACAGGCUCUCUCCCUCUUCAAGGACAAAGAAGUCCUUGUGAAUGAAUUCAUCACCCGCCACUCUUUAGAAAAAUGUUUACUUCCGUUUCGUGGCAGACGAAAAUUCCGCAGCCGCGACCUACGUAUCAAGGUGAACAGGAUUGAUAAAGAAGAGAACGCAAUAGGAAGCUUCUACACAAUGCUUGGCGUCUUGAUUACGAAGUUCGGCUCCAAACGUGUUACCGACGAACUCUGGCAUAAGAAAAUCUACGGCUCAUCCUCUGGUAUCUUGAAAAUUGCCACUGAAUUGAAUUCGUGGCGCUAG